UCCCUCUCUCUCCGGGGAUAUCUGUACACUGACCGGUGUCUCUCAGUCCCUCUCUCUCAGGGGAUAUCUGUACACUGACCGGUGUCUCUCAGUCCCUCUCUCUCAUGGGAUAUCUGUACACUGACCGGUGUCUCUCAGUCCCUCUCUCUCAGGGGAUAUCUGUACACUGACUGGUUUCUCUCAGUCCCUCUCUCUCAGGAUAUCUGUACACUGACCGGUGUCUCUCAGUCCCACUCUCUCUCAGGGGAUACCUGUACACUGACCAGUGUCUCUCAGUCCCUCUCUCUCAGAGGAUAUCUGUACACUGACUGGUGUCUCUCAGUUCCUUUCUGUCAGGAUAUCUGUACACUGACCAGUGUCUCUCAUUCCCUCUCUCUCAGCAAAUAUUUGUGCACUGGCCGUUGUCUGUUGACAAAUCUUUUCCAUGUUGAAACUGCUGAUACAUUGUUCCUUUCCAGAAGAAAGGAAGAAAGAAAGGUUCCAGGCUUUGGGACUACCGAGAUCCCUUCCAUCCCUAGUGCCCUGCUGAGUGUUCGUACUGUUAUCAAUUCCCAGAUUGUUAUUCUGUAGUUUGUCUAAUGUGUCCAUGUAGAGGAGGGAAUCACGACGGUGGCAAAUGAUAAUGACCUCUCCUGUGCAGGGCCAAUCACAUCUCGGUGGAGAUGGGGACCAACAUCCUUAGGCGGUACAGUGGGGAGCGGCACAGAGUGACCAGGGUCAUCGUUCAUCCUGGCUUCAACCUCUCCACCUUUGACAACGACAUAGCCUUGCUGCUGGUGAAGCCACAGAUCGCGUUCCACAAGAACCAGGAGCCGGUUCUCCUGCCUCCGAGCAUGGAGACAAACAUCAGCUCCUGGGCUCCCUGCUUCGUCAUCGGAUGGGGUGUGACCAGAAACGAGAAGCAGCCGACCAUCCUGCAGGAAGUGGAGGUGGAACUGAUUGACUGGCAAGAGUGUUGGAAGUGGGUGCCCGGAGUCACCAGAAACAUGGUGUGCGCUGGCUUCGAGGAAGGUGGAAGAGACGCUUGCCAGGGUGACAGCGGGGGCCCGCUGAUGUGCCAGGGUCCAGACUCAGAAUCGUGGAUACAGAUCGGCAUUGUAAGCUGGGGGGCUGGAUGUGCAGAGUCGCAUAGCCCAGGGAUCUACACGAUGCUGUCAAAGUAUAUCGACUGGAUCAAGAACUCUACGUCCGAAGCAGGAAAACCCUACACCCCGAGGUGGGGUAACACAACUGUACCACUGAGUGGAGUAUCUGACGCAAACUCCACACAGAGACUUACAGCCAUCUUCAGUAAGGAGAUGAAUCAGAGUGUGAUUGAACUUCUCCCUGUCUCAGGAACCUGCCGUAAAAGAGCCUUCCUCUCAAUGAUUACCUUUACCUGGAGAAUUCUGAUCAAUGUGAUUGAUAAAUAAACUCAU